AUGUCUUCUGCAAUCAUCCAGUACACUCUUCCUGACUUCUUCUCCCUCUGUCCCUUCGACUUUAGCAAACCUAGCCCUCACUUGCAGGAGUGCAGUGCAGAGAGUAAGGCGUGGGCCACCCGUUUCAAUGUUUGCAACGACAAACAAAACGCUAUCAUGGAAAAGAGCCAGUCUGAGCUUCUCUGCGCCCUCGCAUACCCAUACGCAGGGCGCGAGGGAUUCAGAACAACCUGCGACUUCCUCAACUUGUUGUUCGUCCUGGAUCAUCUUAGCGAUGACAUGAAUGGCAAGGAUGCGAACGGCGCAUGCGAGGUCUUCUAUCAAGUUAUGGCUGAUCCAGACUUCAAGCAUGAGUCUAACUUGGCCAAAAUCAUUCUUGAUUUUCGCCAAGCCGUUAUCCGUUCCGCGAAGCCGCAGUUCUUCAAACACUUCCUUAGCAGCCUAAAGGGAUACACCAAAGCUGUUGCGCAGGAAGCAGAACUCAGAGAAGCCGGAGGAGUUCUCGAUCUUAUUAAUUUCGUGCCUCUUCGUCGUGAAAACAGCGCUGUGAGGUGCUGUUUCGCCUUCAUAGAAUAUAACCUCGACAUCGAAUUACCUGAUGCAGUCUUUGAUGAUCCCAUCUUCCAAAGUGUUUAUUUUGCAGCUGUUGACAUGGUGUGCUGGACAAAUGACCUCUUGUCAUACAAUGUAGAGCAGGCCAUGGGCCACACCAGCAACAAUAUUGUUACUAUUCUGAUGCGGGAGAAAGACGCAAGCGUUCAAGAUGCAGCGGACUGCAUCGGAGUUGUCUUUGAACAGCUCAUGGCUCGUUUUCUGAAGGACAAGUCUCGUUUGCCGUCCUGGGGCGCAGAUAUUGACCGUGACGUUGCGCUCUACGUCGAAGCUCUUACGCGUUGGGUUGGUGGAAAUUUGGUCUGGUCGUUCCAGUGCUCCAGAUACUUUGGAACUGCAAACAAUGUCGCCCUCCUCACUCGGCUGGUAACUUUGUACCCCAAAGAUAUCGAGGAUGAGCGAGAGUGA